AUGACGGUGGCGCAUUGCGUGUACGACCCACUGCGAGACAUCUGGUGGCCAGGACUGGAGUUCAGUGCGGGUGCGGGUCGUAAUGGCGCAUCUGCGUGGGCACCGUACGGCACCGUGACGUGGCGGGCGACGGAGGUGCCAAAAGCGUGGCGGCGCAGCGGCGGUGCUGGCGCCCCCGGCGCGGAGAUGUACGACUAUGCGUUAGUGGUGCUAGCGGAACCGUUGGGGCGGCGACUGGGAUGGAUGCAACCCGGCGGAUGCGGGCUGUACGACCGCCAUUUUGCCGUACAUACCGACGCCGGCGGCGGUGUAGCUAAUGCGGAAAGGGCUGCAGCGGGCUUCAAGUUCACCGAGAAACAACCACAACCAAUCACCGUACAGGUCCGGACCGGCUGCAAGGCUGCUCGUAGCAGCGCAGCCGGCGGUGGCGGUGGCGGUGGCGCCGGCAGGAAAGCAUACCUACCCGUACACCCGUACACCCAAAUGUUCGCAGCGGAGCCCCCGGAGUUUCCCAUCCCGCAUACGCCUUGUCCGGUAGCCGGUUACCCCGAUGACAAGGAGAACGGCACCUUGUGGCGGGAGGUCUGCCGGGUGAUGCGGGCGGCGGGUGGUGGGGGCGGCGGCAGCAGCGGCGGCAGCGCCAGCGACGGCGGCAGUACGGCGUCCGCUCUGUCGUACCAUGAUUGCAACACCCGGGGCGGCAACUCGGGGUCUCCGCUGUGGGUGAUGCUCCUCGAGCUCCGGCCCCCUCCCUGGCGCCGGUGGCUCCGUGCGCGGUGGCAAUGCAUGUGGCAGGGGAGAGAGUACGGCGCUGGGAUGCGGCCGCCCCACCGGCGCGACGAGACAAUCAACUAG